CUGGAAUCCGUCCGUCUGGUGCUGGCGCUUCGAUGCGAGGAGCCUCCAUACUGUAACCUUCCAUGGCCGAGCAUGUAACCCUGGGCGAGGGUACGGCAAGCCCGAGCUAAGUCGAGCGACAAGCUUCGAGUGACAAUGGCGGACCGUCGAGUGUUGCUCAGAUGCCCGAUGUCCGAUCUACUGUGUAGCGCUCGGAGCCGCCACGAAAGCUUAAACCCGCCUCGCAGACUACUCGAGAUUCGGACAAUGACGGGUUGGAUCGGUUGGAAAUCCAUCCUCGGUGCCCUGUUUCUCUCAGGCCCCUACGUAGCAUGGCCGCCGACGUAGUGCUACCUCGUUACCCAUGCAGUUGGGCCAGCGACGGCUAGGCAUGCAGGUAAAUCUCAAAUUGGGGAUCGAGUUUGGAAGACAGGCGAUACUCCAGUCUCCGUACGGCACUUCUAUUCUGGCCGAGUCGGAACUUAAAGAGACUGAACGCUCCAUUUGUUGGUCAGGAGGGCAACAGUUGCCGACACUUGGGAAUCCGUAGGUUGGCUGGAUGGUUGGUGGCUUUGCCGAACUCGGCUCGAUGCCGCCGGAGUCGAGUCGAUGUGCAGUGCG